CAGUCUUGUUUACUUUUAUACAAGAAAUUGUCCGGUUAACACUUUAAUAUGUUGAGAAUUGUAAUAUUUGUCUCAUUACUUUGUAAUGUGUUUGGGUAUUUCACAUUAUCUGGAAAAUGUCCUGAAAUAGUGAAUUUGAAAGAAGAUUUCCGACUGGCUGAAUUUUACAACGACUGGUACCAAACCUACUCUUACUCCAGCGAUGGUCACCGCCACAACAACUGCUCAGUACUCAAUCUCAUCACCAAGCCCACUGGAAUAUACCUGAACCAGUCCAGGGUAGACCGAGGCCUGUUCCAUCGAUACAGCAUCGGAAGGAUGGUCAUACCGUCCGAAAUUGAGAAACCUGCGUACUUGGAUAUUGAGUUUCAGUUUGAAAAUGCACCUAGAAGACUAAAAAAAAGAAGAUAUCCAUUCAGAGUUCUGGCGACUAACUACAAUUACUACGCUACCGUAUACACUUGCGAGUAUAGCCCUUUAAUCGACAAACAUUUCAUUUACGUGUGGGUUCUAUCUAGAUCCCACCUACUCAACGAGGUGUCACUGGCCCUCGCUACCAAGCCACUGCAGCAGAUCGGAGUAGACCCUGCCAAGCUGGUGAAGGAAGAUUGGUCUAAAUGCCAACCUAAAUAUUUUGAGGAUACGGCUACUGAACCAAUGACCUUUAGAUAUCCAGUGCCGAUUUAAAUAAUACCUUAUUAAAAUGUCCAUAUGUGUACGUAAGCCUACAUAACGUACCCCAUAAGUUUAAUCAAGUAAGAAAUAAAAAUAAAUGCUAUAUUCCAAUUUUGGUAAAUAUUACUCAUAGUAGUUGUGCGUGUGUAUACGUGGGGGAAAAAUAAAGCGAUGAAGUAGGUACAUCAUUUUUUAUCGAAAUAUUGUGAUAAAUUAUACAUUUAUAAAAAUUAUAUGAUAUAGGUUUGGUUUAAUUAAAAAUUUCUGAGUAUAUAUGUUAAUUGUAUAUGUUAUAUUAUUGUAUAUGUACAGUUAAAGAGAAUUAUUAUUUACAAAAUACAUGAUUUGAGUUAUGAUGUAUAUUCUACAACUAAAAUAUUACAACAAAACAUAAACAACGAUUGCAGCUUUAAGGAAAUACAUGUAAUACAUUUUUCUUUAUUUGGUUUGUAAUAUCACUGUGAAGUAAAACACCUAUGCAUUGUUAA